AUUAAAUGAAGAUGGAAUAAGUUUUGGGAGCCUUUAAGUUAUCAGAUAAACUUUCUAAGUGAUAAAAAGUCAUUCUCGUAGCCAUCAACUAGUCGGAGCUGGUGGUAGCAGACUUAAUAACCCGAUAACGUUUGUAAAAUUCCGGUGAAACUGAACGCAACAUCUCCACGAGGACUCCACACCGUAGUGAUUUCGUAAUGAAGAACAACAUCAGCAACAGCAACAACAGAAGGCAGCAGCACAAGAACAUAACAACCAAAGCAUAGCGUGGAAAAUACUUGGCGGGGGAGUUCCCAACAUAGAGAAAAUAGCCUUCUCGGUCGUUGCCGUCGGGCAUGUGGGAAGCAUCGCGUUGAAAAGCCAAAAACUGCCGGGCCCGCUUGGUAAGGGUUAGCUCUUUCUCUCCCCCAGUACUGCCAGUUGCACAUACCGGGCCGAUGCAGUGUAGUGAUCGGGAUUUUGUUUUUUUACUGGGUGUGAAGAGAACGACGUAAAAGUUCUAGUUCGCGUGUGAGGACAAAAUUCUGCACUGUCGUAGUCACAGAGCAUCAUCAGUUAAAUUUGCAACUCGGCAAGUGCAUACAUAAUUGAUGUAGGGUUGAUCAACGGUUCUUUCUGUUGAGUGCGAGCGCACUAGCAAACAGAGAGCCAGACGUUGCGUUCGAGAUCUUCAGCCCCCCUAGAGGUUUUUCUUUGGUUGUGAACGGUGGGAAAAGUAACUGUAUCGGUAAGCAAAGCAAGGCAUGCUUUUUUUUGUCACACUGCUAGGAGGUAAACGCUACUGCACAGGGCCACGUUUCUGCAAAAGCAAGUGCACAUCUGAGUAGCGCGUCACCCCAAACUGUGAUUUUUAUUCGCUAAUCGAUUGUGCAAGAUUGCGUUAGCGGUGGUGUACGCGAGUGUAAAGUGCGAGAAGGUCGGUGUGCAAUAGUAGUGCGUGAUUACAGCACACACCAUUUGACAGGUUGACGAAAUUAGCAAACGUUUGAGGAAACCCUAAAGUCGUAUCGUUUUCCGGGUUCCGGUCAAUGUUGCCAAUUCGCGUGAGGGAUUUGUAAGCAAACGACACGAUGGUCGCCUGGAUGGUGUCUCACAAGCGGCACGUCCGGAUACUGCUGGUAGGCGAUCAGGGUGUCGGCAAGACUUCGCUUAUUUUGUCACUGGUGAGCGAAGAAUUCCCGGAAGAUGUACCACUCAAGGCGGAAGAAAUCACCAUACCGGCGGAUGUGACGCCAGAACAGGUUCCCACAAACAUAGUAGACUAUUCCGCGGCCGAACAAACGGAUGAAGCGCUCGCGGAAGAAAUUCGAAAGGCGCACGUCGUUUGUAUUGUUUACUCGGUAGACAGUGAGGAAACGUUGGACGGCAUCACCGAGCGAUGGUUACCGAUGGUGCAGAAGUGUUCCGAACUGGAACGGAAGCCGGUGGUGCUCGUGGGAAACAAGAUUGACCUGGUUGAUUACUCCACUAUCGACCAUGUCCUUUCGAUCAUGGAAGACUACCCCGAAGUGGAGAGCUGUGUGGAAUGCUCAGCCAAAACGCUGCACAACAUUUCCGAGAUGUUCUACUACGCUCAGAAAGCAGUUUUGCACCCAACGGCACCGCUGUACAUAAUGGAAGAGCAAGAUUUAACCGAAGCUUGUAAAAAGGCACUUGUGCGUAUCUUCAAAGUGUGUGACAUUGAUGGCGAUGGAUUGCUGAAUGACUACGAGCUGAAUCACUUCCAGCGCCGUUGUUUCAAUGCACCCCUGCAGCCUCAGGUGCUGGACGAGGUGAAAGCGGUACUGAUGAAGAACACACCCGACGGUAUCCGCGACGACUCUGUGACGCUCAACGGCUUCCUUUUCCUGCACUGCCUGUUCAUUCAGCGCGGCCGCAAUGAAACGACCUGGGCCGUGUUGCGACGCUUUGGGUACAACGAAAACCUCACAAUGAGUGACGAAUAUUUGCACCCGCCCGUUAAGAUACCGCCGGGCAGCAGUACUGAAUUGUCCCACCGGGGACAACAGUUUCUCGUAUCGCUGUUCGAACGCAGCGAUCGGGACGGUGAUGGUGCACUUUCGCCUGCCGAGUUCCAGAAGCUAUUCAGCGCCUGCCCUAGUCCACCGUUCUCCACCGACAUUAAGCGCACGAUACCGACAAACGAGAAUGGGUGGCCUACACUGCACGGAUGGUUGUGCCGCUGGAGCCUGAUGACGUUGGUGGACGUGAACAAAACGCUCGAAUAUCUCGCCUAUCUUGGGUUCAAUGUGCACGAAAACGAGUCCCAGCUGGCAGCUAUUCAUGUUACGCGCGAACGGCGCAUCGACCUGGCCAAAAAGCAGAACAGCCGUACGGUUUACAUGUGUCACGUGAUCGGUGCGAAAGAUGCCGCCAAAACGACCUUUUGCCGGGCGUUUCUAGCUCAGGACAUGAAGCGUCUUACCGAUCGGGAUAUUCGGCACAACAACCGGUACGCGAUCAACUCGGUGCAGGUGUACGGGCAGGAGAAAUAUCUCGUGCUCCGGGACGUUGACGCGAGGCUCGUGCUGGACCCGCUGCAACCAAGCGAAGUGAACUGUGACGUCGCCUGUCUGGUGUACGACGUGGGCAACGCGAAGUCCUUCGAGUACAUUGCACGAAUAUACAUUAAGUACUUUGCCGAGAGCAAGAUACCGGUACUGAUCGUUGGUACCAAGGCCGAUCUGGAGGAGGUAAGGCAGGAUUAUCUGCUGCAGCCGCCCGACUUUUGCCACAAGUACAAACUGCUGCAGACACAGUUCUUCAGCGUGAAGCACAAUAAGAAAGACAUCUACACGAAACUAGCAACGAUGGCAGCUUUUCCUCGAUUUCAAGCAGCGUGGAUUCUGUUUUAUAAGCAUAGAUUGGUACAACUGUGGGAAACAACCCAUCUGAAGCAAUUCGGACUUAUGUCAAGUGAUCCCUUGCUCUGGUGGAAGGCAGGAUUAGGCAUAGCAGCCGCAACGAUUGUUGGUUUCUUCGUAGUAAAAGCGUUUCAUGGACCUGGUUCAGCAGCACGAUGAGAAGGAAAGUGUGAUGAUCGCUUGGUGAAACCCCUGUGUACAUACAAUGUCGCUGCUGAUAUCGUCCUCUCCGGCGACACCGUCACCAUAGAAGCAGCGUAAGCACUAAACCAUAAAAGGUAAAGUCAUAAGCUAAACAACCCAUAAAAUCCAGUUUAACGGGCAAACAUAUAGCGCGAUCUUCCGCGAUACGAAUGUUUGCGGGGGUUGUUUACUCCCCGCCAAAUAGAAAUAGAAAGCACCCUUGACGGAGUGCGCGCAUACGUUUUGGGAAAGUGUAGAACGCCCGAGACACGAUAAAAGAUAAGUAGUAAAUCAAAGCUAAGCGCGUGGGGGUUAUAAACUUAUUCAAAAAACAUUGACUGGAAUUUGGACUUAAUCUUCCAACAUUUCGAGUGAAUUUCUGUAUACUCUAUGUUUUGGAUCAAUUGUUUAUAAAGAACAUCGUAAUCGCUUUGCUUUUCUUUUGGCAAAAGUAUAAGCUUUUGUUAAGUGUCACACACAUACACCGAUUGGAGAGGUGUUCAUAUAUUUAGUUUCCUUAUUAAACGUACUAUUUGAAACUGUGGAACAUUUCUAUGCUUAAUAGUAACGAUCGUACGUAAAUAUGAUAAUAUACUACCAUUACUUUACCGUUUGCAUCGCUGUAGACAGAGUAAUGUUUCAGUAUACCAGUGAAUGCAAGAUCCGUUGUUACAAAAAUUGCUAUACCAUUAAAACCGAUAGGCAAAAUACAUUACGCAGCGCUAAAGCUUUAUUCUGGUAGUUGAUUUUUGGGAAACAAUCUACAAGCGGUGUUGUGUUGUAUAGCUGCAAAACUUAGAACUAGAAAACCAUCAAUACCGUCAGUAGUAUCAGUGCAGCAAACAUUGUUUGAAUAUAGUGGCAAAACAAUUCGAGAAACGGAAGCAAAGCGGCAAAAAAUUAAACUUAUUAUUCCUAAUGAA